UCCCGCUCGCCGCCGGGCCCCGCCCCGGCCCUGCGCCGCCGCCGCCUCCAGCCGCUGCCGCCAUGAAGCUGACCGACGGCGUGCUGCGGAGCUGCCGAGUCGCCAAGGUGUUCCGCGAGAACUCGGACAAGAUCAACUGCUUCGACUUCAGCCCCAACGGCGAGACGGUCAUCUCGAGCAGCGAUGACGACUCCAUCGUGCUGUACGACUGCCAGGAGGGCAAACCAAAGAGAACCUUGUACAGUAAGAAAUAUGGCGUGGACCUCAUCAGAUAUACGCAUGCAGCAAACACAGUUGUUUACAGCUCAAACAAAAUAGAUGAUACUAUUCGUUACUUGUCCUUGCAUGACAACAAAUACAUCAGAUACUUUCCUGGACACAGCAAAAGGGUGGUGGCCUUGUCCAUGUCACCCGUGGAUGACACUUUCAUUUCUGGGUCUCUUGAUAAGACCAUUCGACUCUGGGAUCUCCGAUCUCCUAACUGCCAGGGCCUCAUGCAUCUACAGGGCAAACCAGUUUGUUCUUUUGAUCCCGAAGGAUUAAUUUUUGCUGCUGGUGUCAACUCGGAAAUGGUCAAACUUUAUGACCUUCGUUCUUUUGAUAAGGGUCCCUUUGCAACCUUUAAGAUGCAGUAUGAUCGGACUUGUGAAUGGACAGGACUUAAGUUCAGCAAUGAUGGCAAGCUCAUCCUCAUCUCCACCAAUGGCAGCUUUAUCCGUCUCAUCGAUGCAUUCAAAGGAGUGGUGAUGCAUACGUUUGGGGGUUAUGCCAACAGUAAAGCUGUCACUUUGGAGGCUUCAUUUACUCCAGAUUCUCAGUUUAUUAUGAUUGGUUCAGAGGAUGGCAAGAUCCAUGUCUGGAAUGGAGAGAGUGGUAUAAAAGUCGCCGUGUUGGAUGGUAAACACACAGGCCCCAUUACCUGUUUGCAGUUCAACCCCAAGUUCAUGACCUUUGCCAGCGCCUGUUCCAACAUGGCCUUCUGGUUGCCCACUAUUGAUGACUGAUCCUGGCGCUGCUCAGCUAUUUCUGUACAGUGAGGGCAGCCGGCAGGAAUAAACUCAGAGGGGACUGAGACAGUAGUGGGAUUGGAUCAUUUGACUGAGCUGGAGAACAUCCUUUCACAUGGCCUUCCCGUGGAUGUGUUGUACAUCGACUCAAAAGGAAGAAAUUACUUGGCUGAGCUUCUUCAAAAGGGCUCUUGGUGUGGCAGACUCAGAUGGGACUCAGCUUUUCCAGUUCUCACUGAACCAAGUUCCUUGAGGAGUGACCAGACUCAUGACUAGAGAGUGUGGGGCUCUCAAGACGCCUUCAAUUUUGAAUGUAUUUGCUGCUGAGGAGCUGGUGAAGUCGUCACUUCUGCACAUCACUUCCACCCCAUAAAUGCAUGGGAAGUCACAGUUCUGGUUUUGAGAUGCUAUGACAGUUCGGCACCCCUUGCCCUCACCCUGCAUGUCUUGUUACUGGGUCUCCCUGUGUAAUUGUGGCAUUAUUCCACAAUCAUCAUGUUUCUUAGGUGCCAAACAUUAACAGAAAGUUUUCCUAUGUCCUGGGGUCAGAGAAAGGGACAGGUACAGACGGACCUUGCUUGCCAGGAAGCCAUGCAGUUAGUCGUGUUGAGGGUGGGUGUUCUGGGCAGGCCUUGGGCUUUGGGUAUUGGGUGGGAAAAGGCCCAAGAGCUUGAAAGGGCGGGAUGAGGGUAGCAGGUAAGUUCUUAAGGCUGGAAGAUUUAGCAGCAGCUCAGUAUAGUUCCCGACAUGUAGACAAACCUAUAGUCCUCCUGGAUGCUUACUGAGCUUGAGCUUGUUUGUACAGAAGCAAGGUGGGAGUCUAUUUUUGUAUACGAGACACAUCACGCUUCUCUGUGGGCCAGUAUUGUGGAGUGAGUCUGAGUUGUUUACACUGAUGCCUUCCCUGCCCACCACAGAUUCUGUACAUAGUCUCUGGAUGAUACCACCCCUUCCCCAGCUCCUAGCUGAGAGCUGGUCCUAGGCCUGUGUUAUAUGUUAUAUUUAGCCUUUUUAUAUAUGACCUUUGAUUUCUGUUUGUAUGUUAGCACAGCGUCCAUCUUCAUUUGAAUAUAUCCGUGUGUGCAUACAUAUAUGCAUAUAUGUGUGUGUGUAUGCAUAUAUCUAUCUAUCUUCAUCUGUAGUUCUGAGUUUAGCCCAAAGGAGAUGGAGCCUUGCAGCCCAAGAGAAAGACUGCAUUAUUACUAAUAGUGUUUGCCACAAGUGUUAGUGAGUCUUCCCUAUUAUCUUUUUCCUUGGGAGACUGAAUGAAGCAAAGCUUCUAGUGUUCGCUGUUUCCAUGGCAGCUAAGGGUGAGGGUCUCGGAAUGACUUCCUUGUGUUUCUCACGCUGCACUCUGGGGCCUUCUCUGCAGUAUUAGUCCCCUUUGCCUGGUGAUGCUCUGUUUGUGCCUGUGUAUGUGUGAUGGUCACUCUUGCAUGGCUUCUGUGUCUGGCUUACGGCACUUGGGGGACAGGAUACUGGAACCAGAGCAGUUUCGGUUUGUCCAAGGAUUCUUUGCUAACUACAGGUCACUCAUCUACCUGCUAUGUCUUGAUUUCUUGCUGUUUGUCCUUGGUUUCCUUUGGGAGAGAGAAGGGCUCUAGCCAGGCCCAGAAUGAGAUAAGCUACAGCGGUCUCAUGGUCUCAUGGCCUUUUCUUCCCACGCAUGGUCUUCUUAGAGCACAAUGAGUGGCAUGUUAUUUCACAAAGCUCCCAAACAUUUAUGUAGGCACCACUCCCUGCAGAUCUAGAAACUGAGGCUCAAUAAGGUUAUGUCCUGCCCAAGAGUACAUCGUUGCUAGGGGGUAAAUCGAGCCAUUAGUGCUCUGUUUAGCAGCAAGAAUAGGCUGUGAAUCACUAGCACUUUUUUUUUCUUAAAGCAAUUACUUUUUGAUUUGUUCCUCUGACUGAAAGAGAAAGAGGCGUACACUUCGCCCAAAUGUAGUUGAAAUCUGUAAUUGCUGCGGUGCCCCCCAUGUGGAACCCCCCACUGUGUAGCCCAGAGUGAGGGACCUUUAGAAACCAAAUGAUCUGAGCUGUUACUGCCUACCCCUGGCUUUUCAGGGCAGAAAACUCACGAUAGGAGUCAUUAUUCCGAGAGUGCUUGGAACUAGGGGGGUAACAAGAAAAGCUGCAUUGUGGAACAUAUCUGAAACCAGAGUAGCCACCAAGCCUGACUUCCCAGCAGCAGGAAAAUGACUUGUGUUUGAGUUACUGUGUAUCCAGAGCUAAGGCACAGUGUCCUUUGGAAACAUGCCAUUUCAUGGCCUUUAUUUCCUAGCCCUGUGGCUGCAGAGCCAGCUUCUGAGCUGGGAAGAAAGGAGAAAAGAUGUAGUUGGUAGUAACUGAAGAGGAUGAGAGAGUAACAGAGAUGAGGCCGAGGCAGGGCUGCCGGUGCUCAUAGGGAGAGCCCGCCAUGCGCACCCUCUCUUAAGAAUCAGGGCCAUCCAUAGUCACCAAUUUGUAUGUGACAGCAACACUGUAUUGUUCAAGCACCAGCCAGUGGGGUAUUUCUUAAAAAAAUUAUUCCUCGUUGCAAUCAUAAUUACUGCUUAUUAAGGGAAAUUUGGGGAUUUAAAAAAAGAAUCAGUUUGCCACCCAAAUGCUACCACUGUUAAUCUUUUGAUGUUAAAUGUUCCUCUAGACAUUUCUGUGCAUAGGUUUUGGUGUGUUUACAUAGUUGUUAUUCUACUGUAUAUACAAUUUUAUGUCCCUUUUGUACUUAACAUAUAAACAUUUUUUCCAUGUUAUCAGUCUUAAA